AUGGGUAGGCAGAACCCGUCCGUUUCGAAUUUCAGAGAAAAAGGAGGAGUAUAUGUAGGAGCAGGUCGAAAUGUAAAUAAAACUCAGACAGUGAGUAAUAAUAUGCCCGGGCCUACUUUGACAAAAGUUGAUUAUACAUGUCCAUUAUGUAUGGAAGAGAUGGACGAAACAGAUAGAAAGUUUUUUCCAUGUAAAUGUCGCUAUCAAAUAUGUUUAUGGUGUUUCUAUCAUGUUAGAGACCAGCUGGACAAUAAGUGCCCGGCAUGUAGGCAACAAUACGAAAAUAGUCUGACAAGCAGACCUUGCGAUCGUGAAAUCGAACCAUUAAGCAAAGAUGAAGGCUUUAAUUGGUGUGGAAAUACAGUUUCUAGAUUAAUUAAUAAUGAAAGUAAUAAGACUCAAAAUGAUCAUUCUGAUACUAUUGAACAUAUAGACAAAUCUAAUGAAGCUUCUAACUUGGAAGACAUGAGGAUUAUUCAGAGAAAUUUGGUCUAUGUUGUAGGUCUAAAUUAUUCUAUAGCUAAGAGAGAGAUACUAUCAUGCGAAAACUCUUUUGGUAAGUAUGGUAAAAUCUUAAAUAUGAGGAUUUUACCUAAUAAUAAUGAUACAUGCAGUGCAUUUAUCACAUAUUACGACGAACUAUCUGCUACUAAAGCUAUUAAAAACAUAAAUGGGAAAAAAAUGUUUGGACAAAAUAUCAUUAGAUGCUCAUUUGGAACCAACAAGUAUUGUAAUAGCUUUAUCAGAAACUCUAUUUGUAAUAAUCCAAACUGUGCUUAUGUCCAUGAGAUUGUUGACUCAAAUGAUUGCAUUAGCAAAUCUGAACUUAUUAACUUCCACUCAUCCAACAAAUUUGCAUUAAAACCCCUUAGAGAGCUUAAACAAAACGCCAAGAAUGGACAGGAAAUAUACAACAAAGAUAAGAAACCUAUUAAGAACAAAGUUAGAAAGCCAUAUGCUAAUUCCAACAACCAACACUAUAACUGUACAGAAAAAAACGAAAAUGACUACAGGGAAUUACAAGGACAAGAGUGCCAUGAGGAGAUACAAAAUUUACAAGAACCUACUGAAAUACAAAAUGAUAAUCAGCAUACCCCUAUUAACCAAGAAACUCUUGGAGAGUGUCAAAUCUCUCAAAUCAGCCCUGAAACUAAUACAACACUAGAACAGAAACAAAUUGCUUCUCAAGAACCUAAGGAAUCUCAUUUUACUAAUGAAGAACAAAUAAAUGUUUAUGGAGAAGAAAAGGGAAGAGAAGAGGACAUAGUAAAUAAUAUAGAAAUAGAAAAAAUGAAGGAAGAUGAGAAAGUCCAAGUCAACUCUGAUAUCAAAUGGGGGAUUCAUUUUGACGAUAGUGUUGAAAGUUUUCACUCUAUUAAUCUUGGAAGUGGUAAAUUCCAUGAACCAGGAAACUGCCUCCCUGAAAUCCAUGAAAACUCUCAAAACACUACAAAAACUAUGCCAAACAGCAUAUACUACUACCCAUCCCUUAGUAUUAACCAAGAAAAAGAAGAAAGGCCUAUGAAUUUGGAAUACUCCAAAAACAAAAAUUUACCUAUACAAGAAAUCCAUAUGCAAAAGUUUCCACGCCCUUUUAUUUCAAACCAUCACCUUGAUAGCCAUAUUCCAUUCAACCAGACCCAAAUUCAAAACCAUGUAUACCCAAUAAACGGUUUAGUACACCAGAGACCUAUAGAGUAUAUUGACAACGUUAAUCAAGAUAAUGAUUUGCUUGAACUUGAAAUUAAAAAUAAUAUUGAAAAAAUGAUUGAAGAGGAAACCUGUGAAAGUGCUCCUCGUGCUCAAGAAAAACAGAAUCCUUUUGUCAGCCUAAAUUCUCUUGAAAAUAGCCAACCCUUCCAUUCCAUAUUUUCCAACCAAAUGGCUCAAAACUGUGCCUCUAACAACAGAAAAACAUUUUCAAAUGUUCAUGCUGGAAUCAUUCAGGGAAUUCAAAAUAGAGAUAUCAGAGAACAAAUUAAUGUCAGCAAUCCUUCUCUUGAGAGUGGUAUCAAUAUUCUUCGAGCUAUUAUGCCUCAUGCAAAUAUCACAAUUCAGGGUCAAUAA